UGCAGGCUGCAGUCGGAGGGUUGGAUGGUGGAGCAGUGAGACGUUGUGGACGGCAGCUGAUGGAGCAGAGCUACGGGGAGGUGAAUCAGCUCGGCGGGGUGUUCGUGAACGGCCGCCCGCUGCCGAACCCGGUGCGCCUGCGGAUCGUGGAGUUGGCGCAGCUCGGUAUGCGGCCCUGCGACAUCAGCCGCCAGCUGCGGGUCUCUCACGGCUGCGUUUCCAAGAUCCUGGCUCGCUACAACGAGACCGGCUCCAUCCUGCCGGGGGCCAUCGGCGGCAGCAAGCCUCGGGUCACCACCCCCGCCGUGGUGAAGAGCAUCCGGGACUACAAGCAGGGGGACCCGGGAAUCUUCGCCUGGGAGAUCCGGGACCGGCUGCUGUCCGACGGGGUGUGCGAUAAGUACAACGUGCCCUCCGUCAGCUCCAUCAGCCGCAUCCUCAGGAAUAAAAUCGGGACUCUUUCUCAGCCGCGACCGUGCGACGGCAUCAAGGCCCCGCUGCAGUACGGCCCUGUUUACCCGUACCCGUCCUACAGCGGGCCCGGGGCCCCCUCCGGGACCAGAACCGGCAGCGGCACCGCGGGACACAUCGGCCUGCCCCGGAGCUGGCACAACUUCCUGGGCAUCAGGGCCUUCAUGGAGCCGGGAGGUGUGCCUGGAUCUGAUGGACAUCCAGCCAAAAUGGAGGAAUGGACCAGUGUUCCCAGCAUGACCAGUAUGAGCAGUAGAUCGUUUCCGUCUGGAAUCAAUGGAGUCGAGAAACCCAACAACGAACUGGACAUCAAAUAUCCACAGCAGUCUUCAUCCGGCCUGCCGGGUUACCUCUCAGCUUGUGCAUAUUCUCCGCCGAACCAGUACUGUGUGUAUGGAGGCCCUGCAACCAACUACAUGAACUCUGGACACCACUGGCAGCCCCAGUCCUCCAGUCUGACUCCCAGUUUGAAUUCCAGAAUGACCCCCAGUCUGAGCCCUGGAAUGACUCAGAGUCUGAGUCAUCCCAGCUCAGCUGCACUACAAGAAGCUACAGAUUUCCACUCCACGUCUUUCAAACUUUCACAGAGAGAAGAGGAAGGGAAACUUCCCCUGAACAAACACCAUCACUCUGCUCACAGAUUAUCUUCAGCCUCGUGACGAUGUGGAGGAAAUGCAGUGGGACUGGAGCGAUGUUUAAAUAGGGUCAUGUUUUAGAAGAUUAGUGGCAAACUGAGCUGUGACUGUGCUGGAGCUACAAACCAAUCUGUCCGAAUCGGGACUUUUAUUUAGUGAUGAAAAGGUGAAGGAAGAAAACACGAAACAGACCAGAGAAAGUCCUAAAAAAAAUGUUUUUAGCUUGAAUAAAACGAAUUUGUCUUCCAUAUAAUUUGAUGUUGUUGCCACAAAAGAGAAUGUUUAAGCUGCAUUUGAAUUCUUGUAAAGUAUUUUGGCAAAGCUGUAUAUAUAUUUUUCUAUACAUUUGCUUAAUAAAUAUUUAAUAA